UUUUCAACAUAAAGUCGGCCCACCCAUAUUAAUUAAUAGCCUCCAUUUCUACUUCUCCCUCCUUUAUAUACUCACUCUUUUCCUCUCUUGUUGAUCCAUCUUUCUUUCACUCAUUGCAGCAUUCCACAUUGCUCUAAAUUCUCACUUUUCUUCGAACAAAUUUGGAGAAAGGUGGUUUUGAUUCGAUGGAUGCAUCAACGGUUAUGAUGGUGCUGGCGAUGAUCGCGGCCUAUUUGAUGUGGUUUAGGACAAUGGUGAGGCCGUUGAAGGGACCGCGUGUCUGGCCUAUAGUGGGAAGUCUUCCGGGAUUGAUUGAGAAUUCGAAUAAGAUGCAUGAUUGGAUUGCUGAGAAUUUGCGCGCGUGUGGUGGCACGUACCAGACCUGCAUAGCCGCGGUGCCCUUCUUGGCGCAGAAGCAGGGGCUUGUGACGGUCACGUGUGAUCCGAAGAAUUUGGAGCAUAUAUUGAAGAUUCGGUUUGAUAAUUAUCCGAAGGGGCCGACUUGGCAAGGGGUUUUUCAUGAUUUGCUUGGUGAAGGGAUUUUUAAUUCUGACGGUGACACGUGGAAAUUCCAGCGCAAGACUGCUGCGCUGGAAUUUACCACCAGGACAUUGCGACAGGCAAUGGCCAGGUGGGUGAGCCGAGCCAUUAAGAAUAGGUUUUGUCCUAUUCUUAAGACGGCUCAGCUUGAGGGCAAGCCGGUUGAUUUACAAGACCUCUUGCUUCGGCUUACUUUUGAUAAUAUAUGUGGUUUGGCUUUUGGUAAAGACCCGGAGACUCUGUCUCCGGGCUUACCUGAGAAUCGCUUUGCGUCGUCUUUUGAUAGAGCCACGGAGGCCACGUUGCAGCGCUUUAUAUUGCCCGAGAUGAUCUGGAAGCUGAGGAGAUGGCUCCGCCUUGGAAUGGAAGUCAGUUUGAGUGAGAGCAUUGGACAUGUGGACAAGUACUUGACCAAUGUCAUCAAUACACGUAAGCUUGAACUGAUUAGUCAGCAAAAUGGUGGCGGUGUUGUCCCACACGACGACCUGCUGUCGCGGUUCAUGAAGAAAAAGGAGUCCUAUACUGACCAAUUCCUCCAGCACGUGGCACUCAACUUCAUCCUAGCUGGGCGUGACACGUCAUCUGUGGCGCUGAGCUGGUUUUUCUGGCUGGUGACAAAGAAUCCGAGAGUAGAAGAAAAAAUUCUGACAGAGAUAUGUGCUGUCCUGAUGGACUCGCGUGGCAAGGAUACAUCCAAGUGGCUUGAGGAUCCGUUAGUGUUUGAAGAAGUUGACAGAUUGAUAUACCUCAAGGCAGCAUUGUCAGAGACUCUAAGGCUAUAUCCCUCUGUCCCGGAGGACUCAAAGCAUGUCGUCUCGGACGACAUAUUGCCUGAUGGCACUGUUGUUCUAGCAGGAUCAUCAAUCACAUACUCAAUCUACUCAUCUGGCCGGAUGAAGUACAUAUGGGGCGAAGACUGCCUUGAAUUUCGACCAGAGAGAUGGUUAACUGCAGACGAAACCAAAUUUGAAACCAAAGACCAGUUUAAGUUUGUUUCUUUUAAUGCAGGCCCAAGAAUCUGUUUAGGCAAGGAUCUGGCGUAUCUGCAAAUGAAGUCUAUCGCAGCAGCACUACUUUUGCGCCAUCGCCUGACAGUAACAGCUGGCCACCGCGUGGAACAGAAGAUGUCACUGACAUUGUUCCUGAAAUACGGGCUCAAGGUCGAUUUGCACCCUAGGGACUUGACUCCUAUCGUAGCCAAGAUCGGAGAAAACUAUGCAUGCAUGGGCAACACACGCGAUGAGGAGCUGGAAUAUGUCCAGCUCGUCGCUGAGGUUGCUUAAGAUCAUCCCUGAAUAUGCUCUCUUCUCCAAAUAUUCACAGAACUACUAUAUAAUCUAAAAUGUAUUUACUUAUAUUUGUAUAUUUAUAAAGUACAGUGACUGUGGCUCUGUUGAUGAUCUUCUUGUCAGACAUGAGUUCCAUUAAUCAUGGACCAGGAGCCAUGUCUGUCAGAAGUAAUCAUCAACAUCUCCUGUCAUGUUUGAAUAUUUCUGCAGCAUACAACUUCUCUGUGUACUACAUAAUUGUCAUUUUCACAAGAUUGUUUUUUCA